CAGCUCAUCAUCAUUUGUGCUUUGAACUUCUUAAGUGUAAAUUGCUCGUCCGCUCAUCUGCUCGAGAAAAUUUCGUGAAAUUAAACAAAUAAAAAAACGAAUAAAAAUGAAAUUCUUCAUGCUGUUGGCCUUGGCCCUUCUGGGCGUUGUUGCUGGUGCCCAGCUGCCGGAUUCGGCCACACAGGGACCCAAUCCCCAGGAUAUUGCCACACCAGAACCGGAAUACAUUGACAUCGAGGAGCCACUGCCAGCUGCCGCCGCUCCUGCCCCGGCACCACGUCCAGUGUUUGCUGCUGCUCCCAGGCCAGUGAUUGCUGCGCCCAUCGCUCGUCCCAUUGCUCGUCCCAUCCAGCAGACAUUCAUCCAGCAGCAGCCGCAGCCUCAGCCCAUUGCCCAGCGUGUGCAGUACCUGCCGCCCCAGCAGCAGCAGCUGGUGGGACACUCGUUCAACAGCAGGAGCGGCUACCAGUACCGUCGUCCAGUCUAUGUAAGACGCUUCUACCGCCUGCGCCGCUACUAAGAUGGAGCAGCGAUAUAUCUCUUUACAUAUAUCCUCUAUAUAUAUUUAAUGCAUUGUUCGAUAAUAAUCCUAAUAAUCUAUCCUCUCUAUGUUUUGCUGUUUUCUUUCUUCUACCACCGCACCCGCACAUGCACCCCUCCACACUUCACACCUGCCCGAAACGACUCUCCAAAAACCAAACCCAAUCCACUGCUCGAAUCAAGCAUUAACCUAUACCCACGCACAUUACCACGCACUGAAAAAACCCUUCUACAAAAAUCUAUCCAACUAUCGAACCUAUCUAACAACCAAUCCUAAUCCUAGAACGAAAAUCAAAACGAAAACGAAACAUCAAAGCACGAGCAACGAACAAGCAGCAGCCAAGAUCAAAAAGCAUAAAAAAGAGCAAAAGUACAAAGAGACAAAUGAUGAAGAUGUUGUUCUAAAACCCAAGUAUUCAGUUAUUGUUGAAUGUUCCAAGUAAUGUACGUACGCGUAAAUAAACGUAAAUUAUUUGUUAAAAUGAUAAA